AUGUAUCGAGCUUUGAAUACUACUUACCGUUUAAGUAAGCGAUGGGUCUAUGGAAAAGAUGCUACCGACUUUAUAUUAUUAGAAAUCCAAGUGCAGAGAAAAACUCGUCGGAACAGCUUUGUCAUAUUAAUUAUCGAAUACGGAGUGAGGAAUCUGUUAGAACAACCACUACGCCCAGUACAUCUGAACAAUCGAUGCAACUUCAAAAGUCUCGACUCUCGAUCGUUUCUUACAGAACUCGCAAUCAAAUUUCAAAGAAUUUUAUUUAACCAGGAAUUGCCGAUUUGCGACAUUGUGGAUCCCAAUGAUAGGCGUUCGGCAACUUUCACAAAGAUAGAAGUCGAUGGAGUUGCUGGACAAUUGCCGCUCAAUUCAAUAUUGGCAGCAAUUAGCAAGAUAAUGUAUUUGCACAUAAUUCUUAAAAAUUUUCCAAUGCCAUGA